AUCAAGGCAGACAUAUUAACACGUAUCUGUAUUAUAGGUUAAGAACACUGUCAUCGAUACUGCUACUAUGCGAUGGUACAAACUUUUAAUUCUAAUAAGUUUCGCAAUAAAAUAUGUCCACUCUUUCUGGCCUCCUUCUUUUAAAGUUAAGUAUUGUAAUAACAUUAGAAAACAAAAUCACUGUAAACUUGAAACUUGUUGAUGAUUGUGACAAGACAAUGUUGAUUUCCAGGUAGAUUUAAAUGAAAAGGAAACAUUUAUAAUUUCAUUAGAUGAUGAAGACUACAAUGAGGAAAAUGAAAACGAAAUGGUUCAACCAGUUGACCUUGUAAAGAUCGAAUCGCAAUAUCAUGACAAAUUAAAAUAUUCUCAUGUUGAACGAUUUAAUAAGCAAACAACUGAUGCUUCGCUACAUUCUGAAGCACUCAAUUAUGAAUCUGAGUUUGGAGGAAACCCACCAUUCAUUGCUGGGUUUCGAGAUGAACUGAAUCAGUACAAUUUCGAAGGCCCGAAAGAGAAAACAAAGAAUCCUGGACAGAAGAAAAGAGAAAUCCCUUCGCAGUCAAAGGCUGAGAAAGCGAUAAGAAAUUAUUCGAGUCAUGAUGUGGUUAAAGAUGUAAGUAGUUUCGAAAUUUUAACGAAACUGAUGAUUGAAGUUAGUCGAGAAAAGCGAAAUAUAAAGAAAAACAGAAGCUUAAUGUCGCGUCUAAAUUUAUUUGAAAAUAAAGGGCGAACCAGGGAGGCAAAGAGAGACAAAAGCGUUACCAAAAUAUCUAACUUGGAAUAUUUAAGAAAACUGAGUGCUCCAGCAAAUGCCGCCACGGAAAGAAUUAGAAGAGAAGAUACUAAGAUGUCAAACUUGGAAUAUUUGAGAAAACUUGGUUCUCCUGCAAACAAUUCUACAGUUAAAAAUGAGGAAAACAGUAGUACAACCGUAAUGACCAACUUAGAAUAUUUAAAGAAAUUACCAUUUUCUGUACACUCAACUACGCCGAAGGCAGAUGAAACAGAGAGUACUACUAAACUGUCCAAUUUAGAAUAUUUACAAAAAUUAGGUACAUCCACAAGAGGGGAUCUAGAGAUCAAUAAUGGAAAAGCUUCUAUAGGGCAUCAAAAAUAUACUUCCUCUGAAGUAGAGAGCACUACAAGUUUAAAUUUAUAUACUUCAAUACCUAUUACAAUAUCAGAAAAAGGUGAUACUGUAAAUGAUUUUGUCAUGUUUACCCAACCCUCCAUGACCACUUCAGAAAGUAGAGAUUUCGAAGAAGAAGUUUACGAUUAUGAAAAAUUUAAAGCUGAAUACUACCAACAAAUUGAAGAGAAUAUAAGAAACAAUAAGACCUUUAAUUACACAAAUGAUGGGAGAUCUGAAGAAACGGUAAAGGAUACAUUUGUAGAACUUGUAAACUUCAAAAAGCCCAAAAAUUGUACGAAAGAAGAAUUAAACCAAUUUGGUAUUACGGCAUUAAAAUGUUUGACAAUACAGUACCAGCAUGCUAAAAAUAGUACUGACGUGAAAAACAUUUUAUCCAGAAUAUGGAUAAUUGUGAGAGUUUGGAUAUGUAUAUAUGCAUGUAUUGCAAUUCCUUGCUGGUGCCAAAAAGGUUGGUGUUGUUGGUGUUUUCGAUGUGAGUUUUGCUUCCCAAAGGAAAGAAUAUCAAAAGCCAAAGAGUAUUUUGCUAAUAAUCUACCAGGAACUUGGAUUCAAGAAACAACAGGAAAAAAUAGGAAGCUAGAAACUGUCAAAUAUAAACCUACAUUAUUUGAACUGGAGGCAUAUGAAAAGUUUGAAAGUGCUAUAAGAAAUUUAUAA